CCCGUGCCUAGCGUCUCCUCUCCUUCAGCAGAGCCAGCCAGUGCGGAGCAGCUCGCGGUGGAAAGUUGAGCCUCUCCCCCGGUAGUGUCGUGCUGUCUCCCGCUGUCAGUCAGUUCUUCUCUCCCCCGUGCUCCAACAUGCUUCCCCACCUGCAGACAACAACAUGGGAUGUAUCCGCUCCGAGUGGAAACUAACCGCCGGCUCUGCUGCUGCUUGUGUCCGUGUUCUGGUCUCUUUCAGCCGGGGAAACUGCCCUGCAGCGCGACUCUGAGCGUUUUUAUCAACCGCCGCCACUUUUAAGUCAUUUGUUCCCCGCCGCUGUCAUUUAUGGACCACAGGAGCUCCGAGUGAGUGUUUGUAAAUUCCCGUUCACGCAGCCGAAGAUGGAGACGGUGAUGGAGAGGGAGUGCAGCGCGCUGGGGGGGCUUUUCCAGACUGUCAUAGGAGACAUGAAGGGCAGUUCUCCAAUCUGGGACGACUUCAUCAGCAAGGCCAGCAAGCUACAGUCACAGCUCAGGACGACGGUCGUCGCGGUAGCAGCCUUCCUGGAUGCCUUUCAGAAGGUGGCCGACAUGGCGACCAACAGCCGAGGAGGGACCAGGGACAUCGGUUCAGCCCUCACCAGGAUGUGCAUGAGGCACCGCAGCAUCGAGGCCAAACUCCGCCAGUUCUCCAUGGUGUUUCUGGACUGUCUGAUCAACCCUCUACAGGAGCAGAUGGAGGAGUGGAAGAGAGUAGCCAACACUCUGGACAAAGACCACGCCAAAGAGUACAAGAAGGCCCGUCAGGAGAUCAAGAAGAGAUCCUCAGACACUUUGAAGCUGCAGAAGAAAGCAAAGAAAGCUGAUGUUUUUGGCCGCGGGGACCUCCAGCCUCAGCUGGACAGCGCCAUGCAGGACGUCAGUGAUAAAUACCUGCUGCUGGAGGAGACGGAGAAGCAGGCGGUGCGGAAGGCGCUGGUGGAGGAGAGGAGUCGCUUCUGCUGCUUUGUCUCCAUGCUGAAGCCUGUCGUGGAGGAAGAGAUGUCCAUGCUGGGAGAGAUCACUCACCUCCAGACUCUGACAGACGACUUAAAGACUCUGACAAUGGAUCCACACAAGCUGCCGGCCUCCAGCGAGCAGGUCAUCGUAGACCUGAAGGGCUCUGAGUGCACCUGGUCCUACCAAACUCCGCCCUCGUCACCGAGCACCACCGUAUCCAGGAAAUCAAGCAUGUGCAGCAGCCUGAACAGUGUGAACAGCAGCGACUCUCGCUCCAGCGGCUCACACUGCCACUCCCCCACCUCCCAUUUCCGUUACCGAGCCUCCUCCUCCUCUUCCUCGGUGCUCCCCCAGCAGACGCCGGCUCGCCUCUCCUCCAUCUCCUCCCACGACUCUGGCUUCAUCUCCCAGGACGCCUUCCAGUCCAAAUCCCCCUCGCCCAUGCCGCCGGAGAGCUCACAGUCGUGUGUCUCUCCUUUACCCGAGGAGCCUUCCUCUUCCUCCUCUUCCUCACCCGCUCACAGCGAGCCCCACUCUGGGCUACAACAGUUGUCGAAUGGUUUUGACCAUCACGCUGCCCUCUGUCUGCACGGAGUGGUACUGCAGGCCCAGGACCCCCACCUCCACUCUCCAUUCUUCACCUCCUCCUCCACCACCACCACCACCACCACCACUUCUCCCAUCUAUUCGCCCUCCUAUUCGUCUGUUUCCCCCACGUGGCCGUGGUCUCGUUCAGGCUCCGGCCAAUCAGGAGAGUUCCUGCCUCUCGGAUUGAUCCCGUCAUCCAGAGUCCCGUCCUGGAAGGACUGGGCCAAACCGGGUCCUUAUGACCAGUCAGUGGUCAACACCCUGAAGAGGAGCAGGGACAGGAGAGACACUACAGAUCCCAGCAGCCACCACGGCGCCGACAUCUCCACACCAGGGGAUGAACCGCAAGGGGUUAAAGGAAGCCACUCUGUGACAUCGCCCAGAGAGGACAGGGAGGCCCACGAGGAGUUGGCCCGAGCGCUGGCCCGAGGCCUCCAGCUGGACAUCCACGGCUCCAGCAGAGACUCCCUGCAGGGCUCCAGCGGCUACAGCAGCCAGACCAACACACCCUGCUGCUCAGAAGACACCAUCCCAUCACAAGUGUCAGACUGUGACUACUACUCCGUGGGAGUGGAUCAGGAAGGCGAGCACCAGCAGUCUUCCGACUUUGAUAAAUCCUCCACCAUCCCCAGAAACAGCGACAUCGGUCAGUCUUACCGCCGCAUGUUCCAGUCCAAACGCCCGGCCUCCACUGCUGGGCUGCCCUCCAACCCCUCUGCCAUAAUCACCCCGGGGGUCGCCACCAUCCGACGGACGCCAUCCUCCAAACCGAACCUGCGACGGCCCUCUGGGGGCCUUAGCUUGGGCCCCAUCCCCAUCAAGCCCCCCAUGAUCCCAGUCAAGACUCCCACUGUGCCUGAGCAUCCCGGUUUCCCCAGCAGGGCAGCAUCAGAGGAUGGCAACACACCACGAACCCCGCUCAGCCCCCCGACCACCCCUUUGUCACCAGGCAGCAGCGGGCCACUGUCACCGAGGUCUGGCUCCUGGGAGACCCAGCACCAGAGCGAGGGUUCGGAUCUUCCCACCCCACCACCGCAGCCCAGUGGUCGCGUGUCAGAGUGGGAGCGCCAGCCUCUGCCGGAGCUCCUGGAGGAGACAGAAUAUAGCGAGGUGGAGGAUUUUCUGGUGGCUAUCCGAAGAGGCGUCAGGCUCAAGAGAACGUCGACCAAUGACCGAUCGGCGCCAAGUAUUCACUGAGACUAAAAGGGUUUGGUUUUGACUUGAGCCAUUUUGCGUCCCUGGCUGCAUUUCAGCUAAUAUGCUCUUGAAGGGACACAAAAUGGUUAUUCACAAGUAAACGCCUAUGACAUCAAAUGGAUGCCGAGGAUAGGAAGAAGUUGCCCGGAGACUCUGAUAAAGGAUCAGUUUUAAAAAUUACCUAACACGACUUUGAAAGGAUAUUUGAUCAUGGUCAUUACAGAAAUGCUAAAUUAAACCUUUUGGCCAAAGAGAAAUUGUUUAAAUGAGGGAUGACAAUCCCUCCAUUUGUGGUUUUGACCGUUUGUGAAUGUUGGUAGAGUUUUGGGUAUCAGUCCGUAUGUACAUAGUUUGAAAAUCUCUUUUCUGAACUGAUACAAAGUAAAGGGAAUCUAUCAAACUUUUUGUCCAGAUAUAAAAGUCAUCCAACAACAAUGUAUAUCGUUCGUAAAGUGUCAUGGACUUGUUCAGGCCAAGAAUUUCCCACAGUGCCAACAAUGUAUCGCUUGGGAAACUGACGAAAGAAACCUGCAGCCUCUUACAAGUUGAAAACUGUCAGUGUUGCACUUGAGCAAGGCCAGUUCAGUUCCCUUCUGAUGUUACUACUGGGAGCACUGGUGCUGAUCCGAGAUGAGUUCACCUGGGCAACUUCAGUAUAUAGAUAAGAGCAAAGGUGUAAAAGGACAUCCUUGGCAAACACGUUGUACAAGGUCACUCUUGUAGCAGAAACAAAUGAAAGAUGAAUUAAAUGUUAAUGUGUGUAGUAUUGGGAAGAAGUAACAAAUAGAUGACAUAGGGGGACAAUUCUGGAAGGAUUGAUGGAGUAUUUUCAAAAGAUCAAAUCAUUAUUUCUAUGUACAUAUUUAUAUUUUGAUGUGUUUGUACGUUUUGUUUGUCAUACGAUCCUUUUACAUCCCCGUAGUCUCCCAUUUCCACUAAAAUGGUGCCAAAAGCCUGUGUGCUGAAUUUAACUCAAAUAUUCUGUAUUUAAUUGAUAUUAUGCUGGAUUUUAGUUUUUCUCUGUGAAAACAUAGACGGGGUGUGCGAUUAAGACAGACUGAAAGAAAAACUGAGCUUCUAAGCAAACUGAAAGAGUAUUUGUUUGGGCAGUAUAUAGAAGGUUGGCAUUUACGACUAAGUCGGUAAAGUUAUUAAUACCACAUAAAGUAGAUUGACCUGCAUGUUCUUAAAGUUCGCCCCAAUAUAAACAAUCGUUUUGGCUGUUAAAUGUAUAAGACCGUUAGGCCCAUAAUAUCCCAGCAGUGGAUAUUAACAGUGUCAACAGUAGCGGACCAGGAACUGCGGAUGCCUACAACGUGAUGUCUGCUGUUAGCUGUACCAAAAACAAUGCCCUGUCUUUGAUCCUCCAAACUGAAAAUCAAAGAUAUUGUAAGGGAUAUUGGAUCAGUAUUUAUUUACUUAAUCAUUUUGUAAUUUGGUUUUUAUUGUUACAUUCUUUUUUACAGCCUUUAUUUUCUGUAAAGCACUUUAAAUGUUUUGAAAAAAAAAAAAUCUAAAAUGGACGAAUAUCAACACGAGACAAAGAAACCGAACGAAAGUGAAUAAUUUGUGUUUCUGCCCCAUGAUUCGGAUCCACUCCAAAAUGUAAUGGGUUCUUUCCUUGGCCCAUGCUACACCCUUCUACCAAGGUUCAGGAAAACUGGGGCAGUAGUUUUUCCGUUAUUCUGUUGACAGACAGACAGACCGAGCUGAAACAUAACCUGCUUCGUGGACUAUUAACUUUUGUUAAGUACUCCUGCAGACAGACAUUAUUUUACUUUGUUGGCCUCCAGGUUCACUUAACCCUCGGUCCCUGUUGAUGUUGCUAAUCUACCAACUAUGUAGCAACUGUGUGUUAGCAUACACUUCCAAAUCCAUGGUAGUAAUAGAGGUUGUUAUUACAGGUUCCGUGUUACUACUUAGCUAUAUUAAUUGGAGUAAUGUGGAUUAGUGCAUUGGUCUGUUGUAGUGAAGCCAGUGUGCUGAUGGCGAGUUGUAUUUAGUUAGCACAGAUGUAAACGGUUGUGGACGAGUCAAAGCUUCAGUGUUGGGACUGUGUGCUGCAGUUAAUCUGAUUACUUUAAUGAAUUAAACGGACUAAAACAAGCAGUAUGAAUUUUGCCAUUUUCUAAACAUAAUGAUUAAGAAAAGACAUGUCAUAUUAAUGGAUAAUGAAAAUCAUUUUUAGCAUACUAAAAUGAAAAUCCAGAGACUGUUAGUUCACUUUCCCAAUACAGGCACAACUAAAAAGUGUAAUUUUUUUGGAAAGGGAACAGUAUGUAAACUGGUCCGAAAUCUAGCUUGAUUUAGUCCUAACCUGUCUAUGCUCACUAGCCAUCAAACACCAACUGUUCAGUACAGUUUUUCAGGUGGUUUAACACUCUGGCAGCCAAGUAUGGAGGUCUUCAGCUCUCUAGCAUGAUUACAUUUGGUUGUCUCACAACAAUUCAAAGGACGUUUCACAAUUUUCAAGUUUAAAAAGUUUAGCUUACCAUCAAUUUAACUUAAAUUUUAUCAUUUGGACACUAGCUAAUGUACAGCCCUUAUUACAUUUACUCAAGUACCUAUACUUAAAGAGAUAUUUUGCUGAUUUAAAUCCAGCUCUGUUAUGGCAGUGUGUACAAAUGAAUUAUGUUAACACAAAGAUGACACAGAGCUGGAAAAUUGGCAAAGUAUAUGUUUACGUAAAGUACAAGUGCUGAAAAGUUGUACUUGUAUUUCCAUUUUAUCCAACUUUUUAGCCUAUAUAUUGUACUUUGUUACUUCAUUACAUUUAUCUGACAAUAUUAGGUACUUUGCUGAUUCAGAUUAAUAAUACAAAAAUAGUAUCAUAUCAUCAGUAUAUAAAUAUUUCUGCCCGGCAGCAACCAGAUCAGUCAGAUUUAUGUUUCUGACCAUUUCUACAGAUGUUUAACAACCAGGUUUUUCAGCUAGCGGAGAGCCAAAUCUCAACUAUAUGGACCUCCAUUAUGGCGCCAGAUGAGGCUAACAGAUUUGUGACCCAACUGAAAAUCCUCUAUUAGCUGCAUUCCCUGCUGUGCACUGAUAUUCAUGUACAACUGCGACAAAUAUAUAAAACUGUAAUAGCUUGUAAUUACUAAAUGUCGAAUAGCCCAAUGAGUUAAAAAUCAAACUUGUGUUUGAGGGUAAUUAGCGUAACAAGCUGUAAUAGACAAACUUCCCUGUUGCUACUAAAUAAUUACUGUUAAUAGGGUGUCAUCACAAGUUAAAUUAUUUCUGUAUUUAUUCAAUUAACCCAUUUAAUUUGUGGCUUUACGCGUUUCUAAACUCCCAACUGUCCUGUUGAGCGCUGAAAAACAUAUUAACAAAUAUAUUUAUUAUGCAUGUUGGCUUUUCUUAGUUGAACAACAGUCUUUUUUUCUACUGGAACUAAAAACAUUUCCUCAGUUGGUCUGCUUCUAGUGGACCAGAAUGCAUUUUAGAUGCCGUCCACGAUCUAACAUGUUAAUGUUUCUGAUUUUGUGUGACAGCAGUUUGACACCCUGUAUGAUGACUAAAGCCUGUCUGUUUUAUAUCUGUUCGUUCAUUUUCCAGUGCAGGUUAACAAAUACAAUCAUGUAGCUGAUGCGAUAACAAGCGUAUGAAGCUGAAUGUUGGAGCCUGUGAGGACUCAGUGCGUGUCAUGCGAACACACAUACUUAGGAUUAGGAAAGUGAUUAUUAGGAGUCACAUCUUUUAGUAACAGAAAAUCAUUUGCUCAAUUAUGUCGAACAUUUUAAAGAACAUCUGGUCAGAAAACUCAAGUCAUUCUACACACAAGGUAGAUAAGAAAACAAUCACUAGACCAGUCCUCAGUGUGUGUGGAAGCCAUUUUUGUCUCUGAGCUGUAGGUAAAGCAGCUGUCAGUGUGUCCCUGCCCUUUAACAUUUAGGCGUUACUUUGAGACAAGUUGCCAAAUGUCCUACAGUAUAUGCUAAAUGUUGCCCUGGGUUUUUUUCUUUUAUUGUAUUUUAUUCUCAUUAAGGUGUUUUUCCAAUCUGGUUGAAGUUGUCACCUGAUGCAGCUACUUUAUCUCCAUGUAAAUCUUUAAAAUAAAAAUAACUGAAAUGA